CUGACCCCAGUCUCCUCUAGCGGUAUCGGUAUCGGGAUGCUAGACCGUGUAUCGCUGGGUAUCGGAUCGGGGGGGGAAAAAUCAGUGUUUCCUGGUUACGGUUUCUAAUGAAAAGCGAACGCGUGACGUCGCAGCAGCGCCUCAGAUGCACGCGGACUGGAAUUAACGAUAACUGUCCGAGCGCGCGAGAGCUCGAGAGACAAUCCCGAGCAGGAAGGAUGCUCUGAGUAUAUACAAGGACUUUUCUCUCUGGUGAUGGAAAAAACGUUUCGUAUAGCCUGCUCGAUGAUAAUAUGAAAAGCAAGAGCAGAGAUGACUGAUGUGGAGACUGUUGUCACCGACUUCGCUGCCACGGGAAGGACUGGCCGACGAAACGCCAUGCCAGAUAUUUUAGGUUCCAACGCAGGAGCCGAAGCGGCUGACCUUCCUAACAAAUUGGCUGAUCUUGCUGUUGGAGAUGAUGCUGAGCAUGGAGGAGAAGGAUCAUCCUCGAGUGACCCAGCCAGUGACCCUGCAGGGGGAAAGGACCAGGCAGAAGGAACAUAACCCAGUACAGCCUGAACCAAACUAAACAGCAAACACAACAAAGACAGCACCACAAACAAUCUCUCCUAUUCGCCCCAUGACCAAACUACUGUUAUGGUUGCAGCCUGUGCUAUGCAAGUUCAGCUUCACUGGAGAAUGUUACUCUGAUGGAGGCUGGUGGAGGAGCAUGCUCAUCUUCUCCUCUUCAGUUUGACAGAAUCGAUAAAAAAAAAAAUCCCCAACAGACUGAUGUUCACGUGGCACAAAAAUAAAAGCUGUCUUUAUGUCUUAGAGAGAACCAUAACAUUAUUUUCUUAGUUUAAAAAGGGACCAUUUUGUCACUAAACGAAAAGAAUGUCUCGUUUCUAUUAAAAAAGCAUUCCAUUUGGUUAUGUAAGUACAAUUUAAACAUUCAGAAUGUGGUUCAUCUAUUUUGUGCGUUUUAUUUUCUAUGAAUAUAUAUCGUACACAUUUUCUGAGUGCUUUUUCUUUUGUCAAAGUCAAAAUGAGUAAAUAUGGAUCUGUCGUUUAUGUAGCUUGACUGUUUUGAAUGUGAUGCUCCAUGUCAUUGUAUUACAAGUACUGUAGCCAUCAAUUUUCACUGAUUUUGUGGUGUCAUGACUUUUCUUUAUAUUUUCCUCUGUGCUCUCGAAAGACGUGCGAUUUAAUCUUUCGCUCUCGUUAUUCUUUGCAGAAUCAAGUGUAUGAUUUCGACCAUACUGUUGUCUGUUGCACUAAUGUACCAAUUGCUGGUAUUCUGUAAAAUAAACUCUGUACUUAGUUUUAGUGCCUGUUUC